GAAGCUCAUCGCUCCCGUGCUAUUUGGGAUAACUAUCCGGAAUCGCUUGUUCCCGUGGUUCAUAAAGGGACCAAUAACUUGCCCGCUUGGCAUCCAAGGUUGGAGCCCUACAUAGCGAGGACCGGUUUGGGAAUGUUGCGCCAUUUCUUGCGGAUCGAGAUCGACAACGAUCUGCUUACGGCAAUGGCGGAACGAUGGCGUCCCGAAACCCAUACAUUCCACCUUCCGGAGGGGGAAAUGACGAUCACCCUCAAAGACGUGGCGAUCCUCACCGGGCUUCCUAUUUCUGGAGAUGCAAUCAUUGGUUCCACGACCAAACCCGAAGGAGGUUGGGGGCCGCUCAUACGUGAUCGUUUGGGCUUCGACAUGCCGACCACCACACCAAUUCAAGGACGGGGGCAUCCACCGUUGAAUGCGGGGCAAGUGUCGGUCCCGUGGCUGGUAUCUCACAUCCAGCAAGAGGUGGAAAUCAAUGACGAGACACCGGAAGAACAAGUCGAGCGCUACGCCCGCAUCUACCUCAUCGGUUUGGUGGGUGGAUUUUUGUUCCCCGACAAGUCCAACCGGUGGAUUCAAGGCAUAUGGUUGCCAUUGCUCACUGGUGACUGGGAUGCAAUUGGAGAGAAGAGUUGGGGAUCGGCCGUGCUAGCGGGCGUAUACCGGGAGCUGUGUACUUGCUCGAAGGUUGGGGCAAAGCAAGCUGGUGCUGCGAUGUUCAUCCUGCAACUGUGGGUAUGGGAGCAUCUCCCGAUGUUCGCACCUCCCGACCCACGUCCAUACCGGAGAAACGAUGAUGAACUCAACUUUCUGCAAAAUCUCCCCUACGGUGUCAAGUGGAUAGGAGCAAAUACGAAUGACCAUCAACCUGAGCAUUCGUUAUUGUUUUAUCGUUCUGAGUUAGAUAAACCAUGGUGGAAUCAGGUUAUAUGGGAUCCAUAUCCACGUGAAGUGGGUGAGCUGCAUCAUCUUAGGCACCCUCUGGAUCACGAGACGUGGUUGUGCAAAGUGCCAUUG